UCGAUGAACGAUAGACCAACCGCGGCACGUGUUGACUUUUUAUUUAUUUUUUAAUUUAACUAAAAACAUGGCCAAAAAGAAGGACAAACUGGUCAAGAAACCGGGCAAGAAGGAGCAGCAGCCGGCGGCAUCCACAUCCUCCUCCCAGGCUCCUCCUAGCAACCAGGAGGAGAGCGGAAUCUGGCGGGAUGCCCGGUUCCAGCAUCUCCUGGCCGAUCCCCGUUUCCGCGGUGUUCCCAAGGUGCAGCGCAAGGUGAAGAUCGACAAGCGCUUCCAGGGCAUGUUCACCGAGGACAAGUUCAAGGUCAAGUACACGGUGGACAAGUACGGCCGCCCGGUGAACAAGAGCAAUGCCGAGGAUCUGCGCAAGUUCUACGAGCUGGACGAGAAUGAGAGUGAUAGCGAGGAGGAGGAGGAGAAAAAGGAGGAGGAGGAGGAGCAGCUGGAGGAGCAGGAGGAGCGGCGUGCCGAGGAGCUGGCCAUUGCCAACCUGAAAGGAGAGGAGGAGGAGGAGGAGCAGGAGGAGGUUCCCCAGAGCCUCAGGGAGCGUCUAACGAAUCCCGAUAUAGACUAUGCCCGCGGCGAGGGCCGCCUGUUCACGGAUUCCUCCUCCUCCGAGGAGGACAGCGAGGAGGAGGAGGAUGGAGGCCCCGAACUGCAAAUAGAUCAUGUGUGGGGCGAGUUGGACAACGAUGCCGAGCACACGGAGGAGAGCACGCGCCGUUUGGCCGUCUGCAACAUGGAUUGGGAUCGCAUACGCGCCGAGGAUCUGAUGGUCAUGCUGAGCUCAUUUCUACCGCCCGGCGGCAGCAUUCUCAGCGUGAAGAUCUAUCCCUCGGAGUUCGGCAAGGCGCGCAUGGCCGAGGAGGAGGUCCACGGGCCCAAGGAGCUGGUGGAGCACAAGCAGGACGACUCCGAGGAGGAGGAGGAGAAGGAUCUGGUCCAGCAGAACGAUAGCGAUGCGGAGGAGGGCGAGGACUAUCACAUGGAGAAGCUGCGCCAGUACCAGCUGAACCGUUUGCGCUACUACUACGCCGUGGUCGAGUGCAACAGCGUGGCCACGGCGGACAAGGUGUACCAGGAGUGCGAUGGCAUCGAGUACGAGAGCUCCGCCACGCGCGUGGACCUGCGCUUCAUACCAGACGACACUUCGUUUGAGGAGGAUACGCCCUCGGAUGAAUGCCAUGAGCUGCCCGAUGCCAGCAGCUAUAAACCGCGACAAUUUACCACCACGGCACUGCAGCAGGCCAAGGUGGAUCUCACCUGGGACGAGACGGCGCUGGAUAGGCGUGAGCUGGGCGACAAGCUGUCCAGCGGGCAGGUGGACAAGCUAACCGACAAGGAGCUGCGACAGAUAGUAAACUACAGCAGUGAGGAGGAGGAUUCCCAGGAGGAGGAGGCUUCCGGGGAGGAGGAGCAGCCUUCCGAGAAGCAGGAGGAGCAGCCAAAGCCAAAAAACAAGAAGCUCUCCAAGCAGGACCGCAUUGCCGCCUACAAGAACCUGCUGGCCGACAUUGUGCAGCAGGAGAAGCAGGAGAAGGAGCAAAAGUACGAGAUGGAAAUGUCCUGGAACGUGGAGUCAAACGAACAGGAGGCGCAAGAGGUCAAGCAGCCAGUCCAAGCUGAUCUAACGCCCAUUGAGAAGGUGCUGCAGAAGCGCAGCGAGAAGAACAAGCAGCGCAAGGAGCAGCGUCGCCAGCGGCAGUUGGAGGCCAAAGGGGGAGCAGAUUCCGGUGAUGAUAGCGAUGCCUCCUUAGUGCCAGAUGGCAUCGAUCUGAACGACGCCUACUUUGCGGAGGAGUUUGCCAAUGGUGACUAUGCGCCGCCAAAGACCAAGCAGGAUAAAAAGAAACAGAAGAAGAAGCGAGGAAAGGCUGGCGAUGGAGAGGAGGACGCCGAGGCUAAGCAGCAGGAGAAGGAGCUGGAACUCCUGCUGGACGACGCAGAUGGACGGGACGAGAAGCAGCACUUUAGCCUGAACAAAAUCCUCAAGAAGGAGCAGGAGGCGGGCGGCUCGAAGCGAAAGCGCCGCCAGCAGUUAAAGAAAUCCAAGAACAAGGAGGGUCAGCAGCCAGAGAAGCCCGACGACGACUUCCAGGUGGACCUGGACGAUACGCGCUUCAAGGCCGUCUACAAGUCGCACGAAUUCAACAUCGAUCCCACCCACUCGCACUACAAGGCCACCAAGGGCAUGCAGCAGAUCAUCGGCGAGAAGCUGAAGCGACGCAAGGAUGAAGUGGACAAUGCAGAUGCGAAUGGGCAGGCGGAGGAGCCGGUGGCCCCCAAGCGGAGCAAGCAGCAGCUGGAGCAGAACGCCCUGGUCAAGAGCCUGAAGCGAAAGAUUCAGCAAAGGGAACAGAAGCUGUAGGGGAUUUAAUUUACUAUGGGUAGUAAGCCAUUAAAGAAUAAGUUGAUGAAAGUA